GCUCUGGUCUAUCUCUAGAGUCCGUAGGUCCACAUUAGAUGUUUGGGUGAUUGGAGUGAAGAAGGAUAGGCAGGGACAACGAACGAGGUUUGAUGGAGCGCCACAGCUUUGCAAAUGCAGGAGAUUUUGACGAGCGACAUGUCUGUCAGAUCAUUUUCUCGCUAGACACUCUUCUGUCGCCUUUUCUCGAUCGGCUCGUCUGUGAGGAUUCCAACUGGUUAGGCAAUUGCAAUAUGAUAGCAAAGAAAACUGUCUCCGUGUAGAACGAGAGAUUGAGAACUGAAUGUUUGUCAUAAUUAAUAGCGUCAAUGGAUUUUCUGCUUAGAGUCUAUGGUUAUGUGCGUGUUUCGCCAUAGUUUGAAUCUUAUCGGUUGGAACAGUCCAGUAGGUCUUGCCUGCCUUCGCGAUUGAGAUUCUCUUUUGUACUGGCUUUCAUCAUCUUCUAGUUUCUUGGAUAUUUUCACUUUCAUUAUUUUAACGAGGAUAUUUUUCGUCAUGUAUUCUGCACUUUGAGAUCUGCUUGUUAAGCCAUUUGUCAUGGCAUCACUGUCAGAUCCUUUUACCGUACGUUUCCACUCCUCUGUCUCUCAUCUUCAGCGCAAUGCAACGAAUCCCUUUGUGCUCUCGGCUUUAUCCGAAGCUUCUAUGAGUACCUCACCACCGUGAACAGAUUGCUGGAGUUUUGGUUUGUUCGUCUGUCAGAACUUGAAUUCUCUCUCUCUCUCUCUCUCUCUCUCUCUCUCUCUCUCUCUCUCUCUCUCUCUCUCUCUCUCUCUCUCUCUCUCUCUCUCUCUCUCUCUCUCUCUCUCUCUCUCUCUCUCUCUCUCUCUCUCUCUCUCUCUCUCUCUCUCUCUCUCUCUCUCUGAGAGAGUGUAAGUGAUGGCUCCAGAGAUCGCCUCAAGAUAUGCGCAAGUUCUUGCUUUCGUUGUGACUUUUCUCCUGAGCACUGCCGCUCUGGCGUCGGACGGGGAGCCCCACUCACCAUCAUUUGUUCCAUCGGAUCAUGGAUCGUCAGCAGAAAUAUGGUUUCUCAAUGAAUCGCAAGCUCUUGUGGAAACACCUACGUCAUUGCUCGUAACGACGACCAACGGAGACGUGAAUAUGCUUCACGAGCAUUCCGUGAAUGCGCUAGCUCCUCGGUGGUCUUUCUCUUCUGGACCUCCUCUGCAGUCAUUCCACUGGCUUUACGAAGAAGAGACUUUUGAUAAUGGUAGCAAGUCUGGAACCGGAAUUUCAGAACAAGUUGCCGAAGAAGGAACCCUCUUCAUUGAAGAGGCGGAUGACAGCUUGUACGUUAAAGGCGAAUAUGGAGGAACCGAGAAGCUUCGGAUCACUCUGAAGGACUUGCGUGAAGGUACCCUCCAUGUCAGGGAAGGGGAAAUCAUACAGAUUGAUCGGCAGACCACGGUGUUUCUCGUGGAUGCAGAAACUGGAGAAAUUAUUCGUGAAUUAGGCAGGGACAAUUUAUCGGAGUUAUAUUUCCAGGAUGAGAGAAAGUCUCUGUUUGUUGUUCGCACCGAUUAUACUGCAAAAGCUAGCAAUUUAUCGGGUGGGUCAAUCUGGUACCUGAAGUAUGGAGAAGUUGGAACGCUAGUUACGGGACCAGAGACACCUGAUACCGAUAUGGCUUAUCUUCGACUGCUGCCUGUGAUGCCACCUCCACGACCAGGAGAACCGUACCAGAUACCCUCAUCAGUUUUACGCAGGUCCAUCAAAGGACCACCAGGGCUGGCUAUUCCAGAAAAGCAGUACCGCCACGGUUUUGAAAGGCCUCUUUCUCUACCUUCCACCUCCCCACCUCUAGCUCUACCUGGCCGUUCUCUUUGGGACGAUCAAGCCCAUAACAGUGAGAUAGCUCCAGGUAAUGAGUAUGUCUCACAGGGACACCUGCAUGGACUACCAGAAUCUCCCUAUCCGAAUCUCAAGAAGUCGCUGGCAACUCUUCUCGCCAUUGCCAUUGUUAUUGUUGUUGGCGUAUAUUUCAAGACACCGGGAACAAAAAAACAAGUCCUUGUGCCUGCUCCCACUCCACCUAGGAAGAAGAAAGGUCGAAAAGCUGCUGCUAAGGAGCAGGAGACACUGACAUCAAACGGGGGUCUGGAACUUGUGCCCUUGGUUGAGAAGUUUAGCGAGAUAGGUUCAAUCAGAGUCAAGUCCCAACCAAAAUAUGGCGUUGGAACACAGGUUGGUCGUUUGUUUGUUACUAAAACAAUGAUAGGGUCCGGCAGCCAUGGAACUUUGGUCCUUGAAGGCUAUCUGGAUGAUAGGAACGUUGCUGUGAAGCGACUCCUUGGCCAGUACUACGAAAAGGCACAAAAAGAGAUUGCUCACCUCAUCGCAUCAGAUGAACAUCCGAAUGUGGUGCGGUACUAUGCAAUGGAAGAAACCGCGGACUUCGUGUAUGUGGCUCUCGAGAGGUGCAGUUUCAGUUUGCAUGACUUAAUUCUGGCACAGACCUCGCAGGAGGUAUCGCACUUGGCUAGUCAGAUGAAGGAUAAUUUAGCAGGAAAAGGCUUGAAGCUUCGGAGCGUAGAAGAUUUUAAGCUUUGGGACGAGAAAGGUCGACCAUCUGGAGAAUUGUUUCAAAUCAUGAAGGACAUUGUCUCUGGGUUGACGCAUCUUCACGCACUUGGGAUAGUACAUAGAGAUCUCAAGCCGCAUAAUGUGCUGAUUAGCAGCGGGCGCAUCAUGCAAGCAAAGAUUGCAGAUAUGGGACUGAGUAAACAGCUGGAUGACGAUGCAUCUUCAUUUGAUACUCAUCUUACAGCUUAUGGUAGUUCAGGAAGUCGCGGGUGGCAAGCCCCCGAGCAGUUGCUCAGAGGUAGGGCCUCUCGAGCAGUUGACGUUUUCAGUCUUGGUUGCGUGUUAUUUCACUGCCUUACCGGAGGACGUCAUCCAUUUGGUUCCCAUCUAGACCGAGAUAGAAACAUCACUCUUGGGAAGAUGGAUUUGUUUUCUAUUGUUGACUUCCCAGAGGCUACAGAAUUGAUUGAGAGACUUUUGGAUCCUUCACCAUCAAGGAGACCUCCAGCCCAAGAUAUACUUCAACAUCCCUUCUUUUGGGACUCUGAGAAACGCUUGAGUUUCUUGAAGGACGUCAGUGAUCGAGUAGAGCUGGAAAUUAAGGAUCCCAAUUCCACUCUGAUGACAGAGCUGGAAUGUUUAGAGCCAUCAGUUUUAUGUGGUGGAUGGGAUGCCAAGCUAGACCAAGCAUUGCUGCAAAACAUUCGAGGUUAUCGGCGUUACAACUUUCAUAGUGUGAGGGAUUUGCUCCGGGUAAUUCGAAACAAGGCUAACCACUUUAGAGAACUCGAUGAGGAGCUGCAGGCAUUAUUGGGACCUGUUCCAGCCGGCCUUGACGAGUACUUCAGUAGCAGAUUUCCACGUCUUCUUAUUGAUAUUUACCAAGUGAUUGCAAACCAUUGUAGGGGAGAGUCCUUUUGGGAGAGAUACAUCCCUCAGAGCUAUGUUCCCCAAAUUCCCACUCAGGAAGUUCUGUAAUUGGUCUUUCUUUCAUUUUCAUGGUAGACGUCUUAUUUGUAAAUUAUCGUACUAAAGCCCGAAGCAUUAAACUGACCAACUGCCCUCUAAGGGUACAAGAAUAUCCGGUGUUGUUAUACGUGCCCUCCAGUUACUGCAGAUGUGAGAAGGGAGCUUCUCAGAGAUUUGCAGGCCAUGAUCUAUAUCGUGAAAUGUCUUUCAGUCUCUGUCUCGCUAUAUAAGGUUUUCUCCGACAGCUUUCUCUGAAACACGUGGAUGGGUGAUAGAAAUAAAUCUGUAACUUGUUGAUAGUUGAACUUGGAAAUCAAACUGUUUUAAUCUACGUUACCUUCAUCGAGGCCUUGGAUUUUAG